CAGAUAUGAAAAAACAAGACACGGAAGAGCUCGCCCCACCGGGCAGCGAGGCUGCUGCACCUGCAGAAGGAGGGAUGGAGGCUGCUGCACCUGCAGAUGGAGGGGUGGAGGCUGCUGCACCUGCUGAUGGAGGGGUGGAGGCUGCUGCACCUGCAGAAGGAGGGGUGGAGGCUGCUGCACCCGUAGAUGGAGGGAUGGAGGCUGCUGCACCUGCAGAUGGAGGGAUGGAGGCUGCUGCACCCGUAGAUGGAGGGAUGGAGGCUGCUGCACCUGCAGAUGGAGGGAUGGAGGCUGCUGCACCUGCAGAUGGAGGGAUGGAGGCUGCUGCACCUGCAGAUGGAGGGAUGGAGGCUGCUGCACCUGCUGAUGAAGGGGUGGAGGCUGCUGCACCCGUAGAUGGAGGGACGGAGGCUGCUGCACCUGCAGAUGGAGGGGUGGAGGCUGCUGCACCUGCUGAUGGAGGGAUGGAGGCUGCUGCACCUGCUGAUGGAGGGAUGGAGGCUGCUGCACCUGCAGAUGGAGGGAUGGAGGCUGCUGCACCUGCAGAUGGACCUGUGUCUUCAGCCGGAGCGGCCAAAGACGCCUCAGACAGCAGCAGCCCCAAAGAGUCUGAAUCCCCCAGCACACAGACAGAUACGCCCCCAGAAGGCCACGAGGCAGGAGGGCAAGAGGCUGCGCUGUCUCAGUGCGACAUGGCCGAGGAGCUCAGUCGGCAGCUGGAGGACAUCCUCAGCACCUACUGUCGGGAAUCAGUCUCGGGUGCCGCCAGUGCCUUGCUCAAUGGCCAGUCGCACAGCCUUGUGCUGAAUGGGCUGACCAGUGAGAAGGAGGAUGACAAGUCGGCGGCGGGCAAAAUUAACAGCAGUCAAAACAAGGCAGAGAGAGAGCAGAAGAAGAUUCAGGAGAAGAAAAAAGUGAAAGGUCUGGGUAAAGAAAUCACCCUCCUCAUGCAGACCCUCAACACACUGAGCACCCCCGAGGAAAAGCUUGGAGGCCUUUGCACCAAGUACGCCGAACUGUUGGAAGAGAACCGUAACACUCAGAAACAGAUGAAGGUGCUGCAGAAGAAGCAGAACCAGAUGGUUCAGGAGAAAGACAACCUGAGGAACGAGCACAGCAAGGCCAUCCUGGCCCGCAGCAAGCUGGAAAGCCUCUGCAGGGAGCUGCAAAGACACAACCGGACACUCAAGGAGGAAGGAAUCCAAAGAACGCGGCUGGAGGAGGAGAAAAGGAAGGAGGUGACUUCUCAUUUCCAGGUGACGCUGAACGACAUCCAGACUCAGAUGGAGCAGCACAACGAGAGAAACGCCAGCCUUCGACAAGAGAACGCAGACCUGGCAGAAAAACUCAAGAAACUCUACGAACAGUACAAACUGCGCGAGGAGCACAUCGACAAAGUGGUGAAGCAUAAAGACCUGCAGCAACAGCUGGUGGAUGCGAAGCUGCAUCAGGCACAGGAGCUGCUGAAGGAGUCGGAGGAGCGGCACGAGAGAGAGAAAGACUUUCUGCUAAAGGAAGCCGUAGAGUCUCAGAGGAUGUGUGAGCUGAUGAAGCAGCAGGAAGUUCACCUCAAACAGCAGCUGUCGCUGUACACAGAGAAGUUUGAAGAGUUUCAGACCACCUUGUCCAAGAGCAACGAAGUCUUCACUACAUUCAAACAGGAGAUGGAGAAGAUGACUAAAAAAAUCAAAAAGCUGGAGAAGGAGACGGCGAUGUAUCGCUCAAGGUGGGAGAGCAGCAACAAGGCCCUGCUGGAGAUGGCGGAGGAGAAAGCCGUGCGGGAUUGCGAGUUUGAAGCCCUUCAGGGUAAAGUCCAGAGGCUGGAGAAGUUACGGCGAGCGUUGAAAGUUGAACGAAAUGACUUGAACAAGAAGGUCCAGACCCUGAGCGGGGAACCCGGUGGCUCCGCGGUCGCCCCCACCCCCACCCCCGACCCCGGGACUGACUCCCCCUCUCCACCGCCUACAGACUCGGGGCUGGAGCCCGGCACCUGCCCCAGCCCAGACAGCUCCACCUGUCCCCACCCCUGCCACUGUGAGCCCCACCCGGACAAAGACGGCCUACUAGAAGAGGCCAAGCCUCUGCCCGUCCCCGCGCAGCAAUGAGGCUGAGCUGCUCACACUCCCCUCCUCCACCUCCAGCAUCAACCUACCAAAAUAUAAGCCACCAGCCCACAAGCCACUACUCCUCCGCCGGGAGAAGCUGAUGUUCCACACUGGUCUGGAAGAAGAUACGAUUGUUACACGUUCAUUUGUUCGGAAUAUCUGAGGGACUUUUUAGCUGAAUGGUUAACUUGUGGUCUCCCAGUAUCCUCUGCAGACUUUAAAACAUAAAAAAACAGCAAUCUAAGUAUAUGUACAUGCACAUUGUAAGGUUUUAGUAUUGUUAAGCAUUUGACAAUAUUUGCAGUAACCUGAUUUGCUGCUGUAAUUAGAGUUCAGUGAUUCAUUUAACCCUUUAAAACACAAGAUAAUUUAUAUUCAAGUAAGUUAGAUAAGGUUUUACUGAGUUACAUGGGAUGACACAAGUUAGUGUGUGUGUAUGUGUGCGUGCGCUACUCUCAUUCCCAGUAUUGGAAAGGCUUCUGUCACUAAAAGCCUCUUCAGUUUCUGUAGCUAGUAACAACAAAUAUAAGUAAAGUAAGUUUUAACAUAAUUAUUGAAGGAUGGUUCUUUUUUUUUUUUCCUGCACACAUUAAAUGUUCAAAUUAUUUUUGUUUUUUUUCCACAUUAGAUGAUUUAGAGUGGGUUUACUCUGAUGACCAAUCCUUUGUUCUGACAUGUCGUUGAGAUCAGUUAUUUUUGGCUUAUUGAUUAAAUUUGUUUAAAACUUUGUUUAAUGACCACUUAAAAACAUUUAACUCUGUGCAUUUGUGUGUGUGAGAUGUGUCUUAAACAUCCAGUAGUGAUUGUGUCCUCCUAAUCUUGGGAAUAGCAGUUUGUAAUUAGGGUUUAACAAGAGAAUGUUCAAGUACCUCUAUGCAACGCUUGUGUCUUGGUUUUUUUCUGUGGCAGUUUGAACUGACAAGCACUUACCCGAGAAUGUAUCUUCACUGUAACACUUUCCUGCAUAGAAAUGCUGACUAUUUUUUUACAGUGCUUCUCACAGCCGAAUGUUUUUGUUUUUUGGAGUGGAGGUUAAGUUUGGAUCAUUUUUUUUUUUUGUUGAGCUACUUUUAUUGACUUUGAACAUAAACGUUUGCAUCUCCCAGAUGCUUUUUAAAAGGUGCAGUGACUGAGCCAAGUGGGUAACUGGGGAAAUUCAACUUCUUAGUGAAAUACUUGACUUCUCAGAUGUGUCAUUUCCAAACAUAUCCAUUUCUUCUCUACUAACCAACUCGUAGCAUUGAUCAAAUGAUGACGAAUGAAAUGUUAAUGGAAACUUAAUCUCUUCCGUUGUCCAGUUGGACGGAUUCAUUGUACCCCGAGUUCAUUGACCAUAAGAAGGAACCAAAGACGUUUCCUUUUUGUCUUUUUCAGUACUUUUAUCUGGCCUUGUAUAUUUAGUUUCUUGUUAAAUAAAAGAUGUAACUGUGUAA